GUUAUUCUUAAUAAUUUACAUUGAAGUCAGUUGUAUAAAAUUUUUAAUUUUUAAUUAUUUAUUUUUAGUUGUUAUUAGGAAGAAGCUACUGCCCAUCUCCUGAUUUAUUUCCCUCUGUCGCCUCUUACGACACCCACGAAAUGAUAUGAGGUAGUGAAUAUUCUUACACUGCCACUACACAUACAUUCACGCACUAACAUGUAGAGGUCAAUACACCUAGAAACUCACAUUCGCACACGAAUAUGCAGUGAUCAGUCCAUCUAAAUUCACUUGAAGCAACAUAAACAUAGACCUAUGUUCAGCAGUGGACUUGUGAAGGGCUGAAAUGAUGAUGACGACACAUACAUCCACCAGUUAGUGCACCUACAUUCACACAUGCACAUUGAAAUGUAUCCACCUCCACACCAACAUGCAGCGGUUAGUGCACCUAUAUUUACAGAACAAGAGCAGGCAGUGACUAGAUCACCCACAUUUACAUAUACACACCAACAUGCAUUGGUCAUCACCAUCAUCAUCAUCAGUACAGUCCUACACUUGUUCUCCAUGCAGUGGUCAGUGCACCUAAAUUCACAUACACACAUCAACAUGUAAUGGUCAGGACACUUCUUUUAUACACUUCCCAACAUGCAGCAGUCAUUGCAAAUACCUACGCUCACUUGCAACAUGCAGCUGUCAGUGCACAUAACUUCACACACUCACACUAACCAUGUAGUGAUCAGUCUACAUAAACACACCAAAAUUUUAUUAUGAUUUCCAUUAUAUUAAGGAUUCAAUCUUUUUGGCUCCAUCUCUGCUAUUGUCAUAAUAUCAUUCAUGCAACUGAAAGUAAAUUGUUAUAUCCAUUAAAGAGAAUACAUCUAAUCUAAAACAAUACACAAUACGCAUUUCAAAUCUAAUAAAUCGUUUUUGUCCCUACAGUAACAUGUCAGCACGCAACCUGUCCAACUUUGCGGAAUCUGCAAUGGCAGUGAACCGGGUUAUUCAACAGCACUUCUCCAUGAAUUAUUCUUACAUGGAACGUCCUACUGCGGCGCUUCGCUCCAGCAAAUCUUGCCACCCUAGCCCAGAUAUCAUUGAAGAUGAACUCGAGAGAGCCGGUGUGGCCUUGCGAAGGAUGUGUGCUGAUGACUACUGCCCGCCGCUGGGUCUCUCCCCGCCCACGGAAUCCCAGCUGCUGCGACGUCGUCUACAACAGCCGACGGAAAAUUCUGUGCAAGUGCAUUAGCCCAGCGUCUUUAUUGUAUUUCAUUCUACCCUCAAUGACCAUACAAACAUACUACCGAAAAGAUUCAACUGGAAUGUUGAAAUAUAAUCUGAAAUAACUGAAGAGUCAGUUUAUCUAAAAAUUGAUCAACAGUGGUUUGUGAGCAAAUGGAAUGAUUCCAAUUAACCUUUAAGAGUAGUAUAUUGUCUAUAGAUAGAUAUUCUUUGUAGCUGUAAGCCUCUGAAUAGGUUGGCUUAAUUGUGCUUUAAAGUGUCUGGUCGCAGAUCCGAGGACUUGAAUGUAUUUAAUAGUACGAUAUUGGUGCAGUAGACACCCGCCGAUAUGCGUCAGUCAUCAUUGUGCGGUAGUGCUUAUUCUUCAUGGCCUCUUGUGACGUCGGGACUCGUAAACUAACAAACCGUCACACACGCACGAGUGAAUGCAGUCGAAGGGCACGGACGACUGACAGACGGACAAUACCAGAGUGUGUGAAAAGUUUAUUAGUGAUUUGAGCCAUACAGGUUCCGUCACAUUCCAUUGAGUGCCGCAGUACAAGAUUCAACCCACCGCGUUGUGAAGACCCCGUGGGGUUUGAUCGCUUGCAACGGCAAUAAUUAGGAUCGUCAGUUGCCAUUAUAUGAAAGCUAAUUUCACACUUGGCAACUAAUUUUGUUAUAAUUUUCCUUUAUAAUUAAGCCAUAGUUAUUAAAUGCAUAUACAUACAUAUAUAAAAACUCCAAUAUAAAAACAGUUUCAGUGAAACUAUAAAAGUUGACAAAUGUACCAAAAAUUGCUUAGUGUGAUUUGUAGCGUAAAUAGAAACAAUAAAAAUAUAUUUGUAGAUUAUAUAUUCUAGAGGGCCGUGAUUUCCUAUUGCUGUUGCAAGCGAAUGAAGGCACUGUUACCUUCAAGCAGUGGCAACGAGACGGCCCCUAAGGCCGUGACUCAGUGCCAAUGGAUAAUUCUCCAGUGAUACACGUCCGAUCGCAAUCCUCCUGUGAACGGUACUUAGAGCUGUAACAGUUUUAUUUGAGCCUUUUAAAGAUAUAUUUUUAUGGAUAAAUAAAAACGACUGAAUAGUUUUUAUCAAUUUGUAGAGUAUUUGUGAGUUUGUUGCGGCGGCCGCGAGUCGCCGGAGACCGACUUUGGUCGAUAAAAUCGUAUUAUAUGAACAUAGUUGUGCUGAUCUACAUUAUAUUCGAUAACAGAUUAAUUUUUUUUUGUUUUCCUGGAUUUCAGAAAUCCGCUGUUUUUGUAAUGAGCUUAAUUGUGUGAUUGCCUUCCGUUCGUGGCCUAUCCUUUGCAAUAUAACUGAGAAUAAAUUUUGUUAUUUUCGAUAGCGUGUUCGGAUACUAGUCUGUUAUGUGAUUGUUUUUUGCAUUUUUACCAACGAUGAAAAAACCACAUCUCAUUAAUAAUUAAGAGUGAAUCAAGCUAAGUUUUAUACGAGAGAUAAGUGCAAUAUAUGACAUUUUUGCUGAGAGAGGUUCAAGGGUAGUCAUGUUACUAUACUUUUGAUCAUUAAAUUGAAUUAAAUUCGCUUUAUAUUGUCAAAUGUCGCGAAGCACUUCUGGACUGAUUGUAAGGGAAAUGUCAUAUAGUUGUAACCAUACCGUUGGUUAAGUGUUGCAUGGUGUUCCAUGGAACUGCCAUAAAUUUGUGAUCAGUUUGAAUACUUUUAUAUUGCUGAUAGAAUGAAGUGUUGAGAUAAUGUUAAGCAUAGACCUGCUAGAAUGUAAUCCUGCGUAAAUCUUUGAUUGGAGAAUGAUUCGCGCAGCGCCACCUCAGUUUGGCCGUUAUAGCAUCUAUUUUCACAAAUUUUAUAUAUUUUUCAAUUUAUGUAAUUAUAUAAAUUUUAUAAGAUUUUGUAACCCCGGUGGCUUUAUCCAAUCGAUUUUAAACAUACGCAGUACUUUGUUAAAAAUUGUUUUUCGACUAAAUCAUUGAUUUAAACUAUCAUUGAAAUACAGAUGUUUGAAUUUUU